AUGAUUGAAGCAAAUCCUAGCAAUUCUCUCUUGUUAGCAAAUUAUGCCAAGUUCUUGAAAGAGGUUAAAGGAGAUUUUGCAAAAACAGAAGAGUAUUGUGGCAUGGCAAUUUUGGCUGAUCCAAGUGAUGGUAGUGUUUUAUCACUCUAUGUUGAUCUAAUAUGGCAGACUAAAAAGGAUGAUGCUCGAGCCGAAGCUUAUUUUGAUCGAGCUAUUAAAACUGACCCCAAUGACUGUUAUGUGCUAGACUCAUAUGCUAGUUUUUUGUGGGAUGCUAAUGAAGAAAAGGAGGUUGAAAACCGAUAUGAAAUUGACGAAACUGAUUCUCCUCCCAAGUUCUUCCAAGAGGCAUCUUGUUUGCCUCCCCUAGCUGCAGCUUCUUAA